AGACUACAUGUACACGGAGAUACCCUAAGUUAAGAUUACGGAAGUGCACGGAGAAAACGUGGUGAAAACAUUGGAGAAGGUGAUCUUGUCAGUACAGAAGAAGCUGAUCAUGGCAUACCGUGCUCAGAAGGUGCAGAAGGUGAUGGUCCAACCAAUCAACCUCAUUUUCAGGUUCCUACAAAAUAAGUCUCGUGUCCAGGUCUGGUUGUAUGGACGAGGAAAGAUGAGGAUCGAAGGAACCAUCAUUGGCUUUGAUGAGUUUAUGAAUCUUGUCAUGGACAAUGCUGAAGAAGUGUUUGUCAAGAAUGAAGUAUCUCGAAGGCCCGUGGGUGCGUGCCAUUAGUGGUCGUAUAUUGCUGAGAGGGGACAAUAUAACGCUCCUCAUGUCCUGUGGUGGGGAACAAAAGUAGCUACAACAAAUAUCUUGUCUUUCUUUUGAUUCCUAUACUUUUGCUGUUCUUGCGAUCUACUUGUAUGCCUUUAUAACAGCUUAUAAAGAGAAGCUUA